CCCCUCUCAGCAGAGCCCUUCCUUUCAAGGACUCCCAGGAAACCAGAAAAUGAAACAGUGAAGAUUUCUCUCUUUUUACGUCUUUGACAUUGUGACAGGAAUCGCAUGACAUCUACAGGCAGGAAGCAGAAGGAGAUAAAUACUUCUGCCCUGCUUGCCUUCCCAUUUUUAGUCAGCCCAGGACCCCCAACCCUGAAGUGGUAUCACCCACAUUUGGGGUGAAUCGUCCUACCUCCGUUGACACACUUGCAGGCACUCCUAGAGGCUUGUGAUCCCGGGAUCUAUAUUCUAGAGCCUGUCCAUAUUAGCUAUCACUACUGUUUGCCUGUGGAGGUCACAUGCUAACACAUAACUCUCCUCUCCCCUCAGUCCCUCCAGGAAGCAGUACAGUCUGACUCUUGGAAACUUGAUACAUGCUGUACCAACCUCAGGCAGGUUAUGUGCAUCUGGGCCUUUGUAAGGGAAGGGACCUUGUGUCCUCGUUGCUAUGCCCACACGGAGACCUGUGCAGGGCACAGAGGCAACUGUCACAGAUGUUCAGGCAUAGAGGCAGUAAAGCCAUCUACCUCCCUCCUCUCCUGGGACUACUUUGAGCAGGGCAUGUUCUUGCCCAGACUAUGAGGGUGAGCUAGGUUCCUUUCUGGAAGAAGGUACCGUACAUUGAAACAACAAGAACUUCGUGAUUCUUGAUUACCUCCUGUGUCAGGCUCUGGGGAGAGGCCAAUUCUUUAUAACCAUUUGUCCAAGGAGGGAGGAUGCUGGCUGCUGCCUCCCACCAGGGCCAGGUGUCCCUCUCCUUUCGUCCUCUUCCUCUUCGUCACCCUUUCUCUUUACACAGGGACGAAUGCCAUUUGGAAAAGUACAGCUGAGUAGGUAUGAAUCAGCUCAGGCAGGCGACAAAUGAUUCACAUCUGACCGACUUGAUUUAGCUCAGGUUUUCCAUUCUAAAGCCUUUUCUCCCUUCUAAUUAAACGAUGAUUGCUCUUAGUGGGAGGAAAGAGGCUGACUGUGAUGGCUGGCUUUGUGGAAGCCGGGGACGGGGGAGAUAAGGAACCAUGCCUUGCUGCUCAGCAAAGCCCACGUGUGGCGGUAGAUGGCGGCAGUGUUGCAGAUGCUGGCACCGUUGGGAUGCAGCUGGUGAUGGACAGGCCACAUUGUACCUUUCCCAUGUUCCCCAGCUGAAGACUGUGGAUUAGGGUACCCUGUGACCUGCUGUCAGGAAAUACACAAACCUGCCAGUUUACCCCAUUAGACCCCGCUCUUGAAUCACUGGGCACACUGAGCUGGCAGAAGGCCUGGUCAUCCAGGCAUCUCUCUUUGUCCUGUCGGCAUGCGCAGUUAAGCCUGCUGUGGCUGACGGCGCUGACUCUUCUUGUAGUUCUCCUCAGCUGUUUCUGGGUCCUUCGAUCUGGUGACUGGCAGUCAGCUCUUCAGAGCCUUGGGCAGAGAAACCCGAGAACCGGGGCUUCCUGUGCCUUCCUGCUUCUUCCUUUCGUCAGCUGACAGGCUUUGUGUACCUACCACGCACCGCACUGGGUCAAUGAGGGCUGCAGCGGAGUGUUGCGGGCCACCGCUGUGGCUCAGGGUCUUCUUAGCAACCCGAAGAUGAUUUGCGAUGUUCCCACUUUUCACUGCUGAGGAAAUGAAAGUCUCAUCCGAAGCUCUAGGUGUCGACUUUAAGAUGAAGACCAUCGAAGUAGACGGCAUCAAAGUGCGGAUACAGAUUUGGGACACAGCAGGGCAGGAGAGGUACCAGACCAUCACGAAGCAGUACUAUCGGCGGGCCCAGGGAAUAUUUUUAGUCUAUGACAUUAGCAGCGAGCGCUCCUACCAGCACAUCAUGAAGUGGGUCAGUGACGUGGAUGAGUAUGCCCCGGAAGGAGUCCAGAAGAUCCUCAUAGGAAAUAAGGCCGAUGAAGAGCAGAAGCGGCAGGUGGGGAGAGAGCAAGGGCAGCAGCUGGCUAAGGAGUAUGGUAUGGACUUCUACGAAACAAGUGCCUGCACCAACCUCAACAUCAAAGAGUCCUUCACUCGUCUGACGGAGCUGGUGCUGCAGGCCCACAGGAAAGAGCUGGAUGGUCUCCGAACACGUACCAGCAAUGAGCUACCAUUGGCAGAACUGGAGGAAGAAGAAGGCAAACCUGAGGGCCCAGGGAACUCUUCAAAGACCUGCUGGUGCUGAGGAUCCUGUGUGGAAUCCCCCCCCGCGACUCCCUUCCCUCCGGAGGCCCGUGGAAGCAGGGGAGCCUGGGCUUUGCCUACUGCUGUCCUUUCUUUGAUGACCCUGUCGAAAAUCAGUAGCUGCUACUCCCCUGCCUGGCCCCGUGAGCAGCUCUAUUGUGGCUCUGAGCAGCCUGUGCCCCCAGCCCCUCCUGGAGUGGUGACCUUCAGCCUGUUUCCCAGCCACAGGCCCGCUGUGAUCCCAGAAUGUGCUGUGACCAUCUCGCCACCCCACGCUCCUGGGACAAUGGUCAAGGCUGGAGUCAAGGCCACUUAAAGACUCAUUUCUUAGUGCAUCUCGAGUACUCUGCCUUUUCUCUUCUUUCUACUCUUCCUCCACCCACUUCCCUCCAGUGUAUUUGGCAUCCCUGUCUCUCUUCCUCCUUUGCCUGUGUGUCCUGCUGUAUGGCUGCUAUUGCAGGUCCUUCCUUCCUCCCUCUCUCCCUCCCUCCCUUCUUUCUUUUCCUUUCUUCCUGACUCUGCCUAAGGGAAUGGACCCAGGCUCUGCCCCAGGGAGGACAAGCCACCCUGCUCUGGGGUGAGCUUAAGGGCUAUGGGUGCUGCUUCUUCCCCCUCCCCGCCACCCCUCCUUGUGCCAUGGGCUGCCUCCCCAGUGACCUGGGAAAGUAGAACACUGAGAUAGGAAGAAAACACUACUUGGUGGGCCUCAGGCCUGGGCUGGCCUCCUCUGCCUUUGCUUUUUGCCUGGCUGCCUACAGGCCUCUGUGAGGAACUGGGUCUCUGUGAGCAGAGAAAAAAACCAAAAGGAUGAGGAGUGGCAGGGACAAGUCACCUCUAUUCUACCUCCCGUGCAGUGAGUACAUGACCUCUUCACCUAGAUUCCCGAAUUUAAAGAUGAGGAUCAAGGCCUGAGGACACUAAGGGGCAGGGGCAGUCCUGGGGUCAGACACUGCAUCGUCAGCCAUUAACUCUAGACAAAGGUUAAAGCAGUUGUGAAGGGCUCGCUCCUAGAUAGUAAGGUUAGGACAAGGAUUGUAGUAGCAGCAGCGGGGGCCUCUUGUGUAAGACUAUUUCCCCAGACUCCCCGGCAAAGGUGAGUCACUGUUCUUUUACUGAACCCAGCCUUCAGAAGUUAAGAUUUUCCUGGGUCCCAGAGUCUGUGGGCAAUAGGUCUUAAAACAUGGGGAGAGAGAGCAGCCAAGGACCGAAGUACUUGGUGCCGGUCUGCCUUCCAAGAGUCCCUCCUCUUGCCCUCUAACUGGUAAGUAGGCUUGUAGCAUUGCCAACUGCCGAGUAGCUACCAAGGGAGGAAAAAGGAUGCUCUCCUCCAGAGGUCCAUGCUCAGGAAGUUUCUUUAACUCCCCAUGGUCCAAGGAUAGCUUGAAGGAGGCCCCUACAAGAAGCAAAAGCCCAUGCUAGGGGUUGUCCUCACAUUCCCCAAGGUGGGAGGAGCUCAGGUAAGAGAAUAGUCCCAAGAUGCACUGUGUGGCUGGGGCUGGAGCCAAAGCAAAAACAAAAACAAAAAAAUCUGGGCCCUGGCUGAGCUUUUACCAACCAAGGACCUUUCAAAUCCAGGGCGCAGAUGUGAAGAUAAAGGGCCCCGCACCCUUUCAGUCCUCCCGGAAGGGAGAUGGGGAUGGACUCACGGGAAAUUUCUUCCUGACUUAGCAAACUAGGAAACGGGGGAAACUAGGAGAGGGCAGCUCAGGCUUCCUGUGGAAUUGUUCACUGAGGAAGGUAGGGAACUGGCUCUAAGACUGGGCCAUGACUGACUGGGUGGCUCCUUUGGGGACUGACUCUUGGGUAGCAAGAGUUAGUAGCAUCACACAGCAGGUGGACAGGCCUGCCUUCAGCCAGAGGUCCGAGAGGAGAAUUUACACAGGGCACUGGUUCUAACCUCUGGCAAGCAUCACUGUCUUUCUGUCCUAGCACCUCAAGAAAGAACUUGAUUCCACGACCCUGAGGCUUCUGAAAGGAAAAACAUGGGGUUGGGUUCUGUGGACUCUAAAGUGCGGCAGAAGGAAGGCUGAGAUUCUGGAGUGCAUCUGUGGUUACUCCAUUCCUGAAUUUGCCUCACCCCACCUGCUAUUCUGGGUGGCUUGGGCUGUGUCAUUGGCCUUGACUGUUCAGUAGGCUUUCCUGGCCUGUCUGCGCAUGAGAGAUCAAUUCACCCUGGUCUGCCGCCUGAGCCCCCAUCUCCCUGUGACAGGUGAACUACUUCUUCCUUUUUUUUUUUUUUUUUUUUUUGGUUUUUCAAGACAGGGUUUCUCUAUAGCUUUGGAGCCUCACCUGGAACUAGUUCUGUAAAAGAGGCUGGUCUCGAACUCACAGAGAUCUCUGCCUACUGAAUGCUGGGAUUAAAGACGUGCGCCACCACCGCCCGGCUGUGAUGAGUGAACUUUGUGUACUGUGUCUUGGGUCCAUUAUAUGAAUUGUGAGUAGGAUUCAUCUAUUUUAAACACAAAUGUUUACAAAAAUAAAGAAUAUUUCCAACCACAGAUGUGUGCACCUAUGAAUCUCCAGGAGAAGGUGUUACUGAGAUCGUGGUAGUGACAGGGGAGGCAGAGUGAAGGACAGGAUCUCAAAGCCACAGCAAGAUGACAAUGGAAGUGGUGAGCUUGGUCCCUCUUCCCUAGUGACACCUGCAGAAGAGCCCAAAGCAAACCCCCCACUGCCCUGUUGUGAGUUUACAGGAGCAGGAUGAGGAGGAGGAGGCUGAACACCAGAAUGGUGGCCCUCUGUUGUGGAUGAAUGAGGAAGGCCCUUCCUGAAGGCAUGAGGAAGAGCUGGCUAAUGUUUCACAGACUUGUCAUUGGAUACCCCAUGGGAAAAGGUGUUAGGGACGUGGAGACGCAGAGGUAAAUGAAGGGAGUGUGGUAGAAGUAAAAAAUAAAACAGCAGGGCAGUGGUUGUCCUAAAUCUC